AAUUUAUUAAUGGAGCUAAAAACAUGACUUACAUUAGGUAUGAAUUUUUUCUCAUAUGCACAUUAAUGGCAAUUUCUUCGAUUAUUGCACUAGAGCCUUCAAAUUUAGUAAUAAUAAUCUUGAGUCAAGAGGAAGGGUACAAUGCCGCACAAGCUGAAUUAUUAAAAUCCAAUGUUAUUCAACAAGCAAAAUCCUUAGAAAAAGAUCCACCUCAAAUUAUCUUAACACAUAAACUAGAUAUUUAUGGCACUUGGACAUUAAUUCCGUUAAUCGUGUAUUUAAAAGAUGAAAAUAUUUCGGGAAGCUGGUAUAUAUUUUGUGCUGAAAAUACAGUUAUAAGAUUAAGUAAACUAUUAAAUACUUUAGAUAAAUAUAAUGUGGAUAUCUAUAGAAAUAUAUGGAUUGGAAAUGCGCUGUACGAUACUGAACCCACGAUAAUACAUCAUUUUGCACAACAUACAAAAAAAUUUAAAUAUCCAAAUCUAGCAUCUGGUUUUGCUAUCUCAAAGCACUUAUUAAAUGCAUUAAUCAAUAAAACUAUGGAGUUUGUUUCUGAUAAAGUAGACUUCUCUGUUGAUGCAUCGUAUGAAUUUUCUAUGUUCAUUUUAAAUGAAAGCAAAGGUUCUCGUUUGACUCAUGCUCCAGAGUUUUGCGUAGUUUCUAAUGAAAAUUGUGCUACAUACCCUAAACCAUUUUUUCCAUGUGAUAAAAUAGCUUCUCCGCAAAAUGCAUAUAUCGCUGUUAAAACUUGUGCAAAAUAUCAUGUCGAACGAGUUUCUAUUCUUCGUAAAACAUGGACAAAAUAUGCAGACAAUAUAGGAUUUUUUACAGACAAAUUAGAUGGGAAUUUAACAAAUGGUAUUGUCGUCCCUAAUACUAGUCAAGGACAUUGUGCAAAAACUUAUGCAAUUUUAAAACAUGUUGCACCUAUACUCGAAGAAAAUAGUUUAGAUUGGUUAGUUAUUACAGACGAUGAUACAAUUUUAAGUUUGUCACGCGUGUAUAAAUUGUUAACUUGUUACAAUCCCAAGAAUACUUUGGCCAUAGGUGAAAGAUAUGGAUAUCGAACAAUGAAAAUCUAUGGUUAUGAUUAUUUAACUGGAGGGUCAGGUGUAAUUUUAUCUUACCCACUCGUACGAGAAAUUAUUAAUUCAAGAGAAUGCGAGUGUCCAAGUGCAACUACACCAGACGAUAUGUUUCUCUUUGGUGUUUGUUUAGCACAUUUGACAAUAAAAAUUACACAUUCGCCAUUAUUUCAUCAGGCAAGGCCUACGGAUUAUGCAAUAUCUUAUCUUGAUUCUCAAGAACCAAUUUCAUUUCAUAAAUUUUGGAUGACAGAUCCAGAAUUAAUCUAUGAAAAAUGGUUUCAAGAAGCUGAUGAGAUAGCAUUUUUACAUAAGGAACAAAGGAAACACACAGAAUUAUAAAAUAGAGAUUGAAUAGAAAUUGAUAACGAAUAAUCUCAAUAAAAUAUCAAAUACAAUUCA